CCUUGGUUCCGAGAGUUUAGGACUUACUAGUUUGUCUGGGGCUCUAGUAAAUUCUUCCUUCCCAGGCUAGAUACACAAGCUGAGCAAUUGGUUCCGAACCCAGAGGAACCCAGGGCCAGGCGACGCUGGGUCACGUGGCCGACUGCUGACAUGACGUACGGGCUGCUGAGCGUCACUGUGACGUUCAGGAGACCUGCGAAGUGGCCGGGCUACCUCCGUCACCUGUGCUGUCGGGGUGCUGUCAUGGACCUGGGACCGAUGCGCAAGAGUUACCGCGGGGACCGAGAGGCUUUUGAGGAGACUCAUCUGACCUCUCUGGAUCCCAUAAAGCAGUUUGCUUCCUGGUUUGAGGAGGCCGUUCAAUGUCCGGAUAUAGGAGAAGCCAAUGCUAUGUGUCUGGCUACCUGCACCAGAGACGGAAAACCCUCUGCCCGCAUGGUGCUGCUGAAGGGCUUUGGCAAGGAUGGCUUCCGCUUCUUCACUAACUACGAGAGUCGGAAGGGAAAAGAGCUGGACUCUAACCCCUUUGCCUCUCUUGUCUUCUACUGGGAGCCCCUGAACCGUCAGGUGCGUGUGGAAGGCCAUGUGAAGAAACUACCAGAGAAGGAGGCCGAGAACUACUUCCAUUCCCGCCCCAAGAGCAGCCAGAUUGGGGCUGUGGUCAGUCGUCAGAGUUCUGUGAUCCCCGAUCGGGAAUACCUGAGAAAGAAAAAUGAGGAACUGGGGCAGCUCUACCAGGACCAAGAGGUGCCCAAGCCAGAAUACUGGGGUGGCUACAUCCUGUACCCCCAAGUGAUGGAAUUCUGGCAAGGCCAAACCAACCGCCUGCAUGAUCGUAUUGUCUUCCGUCGAGGCCUGGCAACAGGAGACUCCCCUCUGGGACCCAUGACCCACCAUGGGGAGGAAGACUGGGUGUAUGAGAGACUGGCACCUUGACACUGGACUCAAGAAUGUUAGGGAAUCACCAGGGGGAAGAGAGUGGGGGAGAGCUGUUAAGAUGGGAUGAGAAAAUGGAAACCAGGUCUACCUUCUGUGUGUGUGGCACUGGGUUUAAACCUUGGUCACACUAGGCAACACUUUACCACUGCGCUAGAACCCCAGCAUUUAUUUCUUUUUACCUUUUAAGACUAAGUUGCCUAGGCUAGCCCUGAACUCACUGUGUAUCUAUCCCAGGCAAGUCUUGGCCUUGAGUUCCUCGCCUCAGUCCCUUGAGUAGCAGUAACUACAGGCUUGUGCCACCAGGCCCAGCUCUAGUCUUUGUUUUUAAGCUAAGCCCAUUUCCUUUCUUAUCUCUUCUACCUACGUCUCUCCAGGACUCACCGUCCAAGUUCUCUGAACUCGGAAUCAGCCGCUGGAACAGAGUACAACUGUGUUGUAGAGAAUCACAAAUAGCAAAAGAAUCUCAUAAUUAUCCCCUCGACUUUGCCCCUGGGUUUGGGAGAAGCCCAUCUUGGGAGCUGCAGCUGGUCUGACUUCGUUUCCAGUAAUAGAUUAAUCCGGCUGCAGACACAAAAGGCUUACUGGCCAUGGAAAGGAGCCAGGCCAGCCCAUGUUUGCUGUGACUCAGACAAACCAUUACAUGUUCUGGUUGGCCUUGAACUUGUUACUCUGGACACCUGCCUUCUUUUGACUUUGUGGCUGUGUGCUUCAACCUCUGUCACUGACAAAGGCUCCUCCCAAGGCAACUUUGUCCUGUGUUGAUCCCCCACUUAAGCCUGGGUCCAGCAAGGACGUUGACCCUGUGGCCAUCGGCCAGGUACCCUUACCUACCUCACCCCUUUUGCUAAUGUGCCAUGGAUUUUGACUUUAUUAGUAUAUGCCGAUGAGUUGUUGAGAAGUGUUGUACCCCACCACUGUUAGGGGUGUGUCCCCCAAGCUUUAGUGUGAUCUCAACUGUCAGAUCCAGUGUACAAGUGUGUAAUAAAAACGUGUCAGCCGUAUGUGA